ACUGAGUAAUUCCAAAACAAAUAAUAUUAAGCAAUUAAAAGAAAUAUAAAUUAAAUAAAAAUGGAUUGGUUGUUUGGCAAGAAAAUCUCGCCCGAUGAGAUGCUACGCAAAAAUCAAAGAGCUCUCAACAAAGCCAUGAGAGACUUGGACAGGGAGCGUAUGAAAAUGGAACAGCAGGAGAAAAAGAUUAUAGCCGACAUCAAGAAAAUGGCCAAGGAGGGACAAAUGGAUGCGGUUAAGAUAAUGGCCAAAGAUUUGGUACGCACACGUCGUUACAUUAAGAAGUUUAUGCUAAUGAAGGCCAACAUACAGGCAGUGUCGCUGAAAAUACAGACAUUAAAAUCACAGAAUACUAUGGCUCAGGCCAUGAAGGGCGUUACAAAGGCCAUGCAGAAUAUGAAUCGUCAAUUGAAUUUACCACAAAUCCAAAAGAUUUUACAAGAUUUCGAAAAACAAUCGGAAAUGAUGGACAUGAAGGAGGAAAUGAUUAACGAUGCUAUCGACGAUGCCAUGGAAGAUGAGGGCGAUGAGGAGGAGACCGAUGCCGUUGUGUCUCAGGUAUUGGAUGAGUUGGGCUUGCAAUUGGGUGAACAGCUAGGAGACCUGCCUACCGCUUCAGGUUCAUUAUCUAUAGCUGGUGGUGUUAAGAAUACACCAGCUGCCGUGGCUGCUGGAGCAGCUGGUGGCGCUAUUAGUAGUCCCAGUGGUGGGGGUGGCGGAGCUACUGGCGGUAGUGGUCCUUCGACUCCCAUGUCGGAUGCCGAUGCUGAUUUACAGGCUCGUUUGGAUAAAUUGCGACGAGACUAAAUUCUCCUGCCAGGCAUUGUACUGUGUUAAAAAUAGUUUUUGUUUUUAUAUGAUUUUUUUUUCGGAUUUUAUUUAUUUGAUAUCUCAUUGUCGAAUAACCACCAACCACACAAAUAUAAAUAUGUAUAUUGAAAAAAGCUAUGUUUUUGUAAUUAUUGCAAUGGAACUUGUAUUGAUAAACAUUUAUCCUGGGUGUAACACGAAUUCUUUAACAAAAAAAAUCAAUAAAGUUUUUUUAUUAUUUUAAAAAUCUUUAA